CCCUCUCUCUAACAAAGCACACACGGCGAGAUAGAGAUAGAGGGAGAGAGAGGAUGGGGAGGAGGGCGUGCUGUGCCAAGGAAGGGGUGAAGCGAGGGGCCUGGACGAGCAAGGAGGACGAGAUCCUGGCUUCCUACGUCAAGGCCCAUGGCGAGGGCAGGUGGAGGGAGCUCCCCCAGAGAGCUGGUCUGCGGCGGUGCGGCAAGAGCUGCCGGCUGCGGUGGCUGAACUACCUCCGGCCGAACAUCAAGCGGGGCGACAUCUCCGACGACGAGGAGGAGCUCAUCGUCAGGCUCCACGGCCUGCUUGGCAAUAGGUGGUCCAUCAUCGCCGGCAGGCUGCCCGGCCGAACAGAUAACGAAAUCAAGAACUACUGGAACAGCACGCUCGGCAGGAAGGCGCUCCCCGCCCGCCCCACCAUUGCCGCGGCGAGGACCGUCGUCGCCACGCCCGUCGCCUCCGGCUCCUCCAGCUCCACGGGGAGCGCCGCGGCGCCGCUGUCCACCUCCGUCCCUGCCCUCCUCCACGCCGCGGCGCCUUCGUCGCCGGCCGCCGCGGUGUGGGCGCCCAAGCCCGUGAGGUGCACGGGCGGCCUCUUCUUCCGCCGGGAGCAGGAGACGCCGCCGCCCGCGCCGGUCGUAGAGGAGACGCGGGCCGGGGGAGAAGAGGGAGAUGCCUGCAGCGGCAGCAGCAGCUCGGAGACGUCGUCGGCCGAGCCGUGCUCGUCGGGGUCGGGCGGGGGAGACUGGAUGGACGACGUGAGAGCCCUGGCGUCAUUCCUCGAGUCCGACGAGGAAUGGCUCAAGUCCCUGCACAUGGCCGGUUAAAACCUCUCACACGUGAUCGAUCCGGCUCAGUUCAGUCACAUGUACGUGGGUGCGCCGCUGCACGUACGCUUUUCGAAAAGGAAACAGUAUGUGUACUUGAACAGUGUACAUACGUACAAAUGUACUUACGCCCGGGCGUACGUGACGGUACGUGGCUGGCUAGCUCCCGUACGUUACGACUGGAGUACUGAGUUUUUUGUUGUUGUUGAGAAACUACGACUGUACUGAGUUGUUCAUAUGUAAACGUGGUUUUGAGAAAAUAC